AUGCCAACAACCAAGACCUCGUCUACAAGCAAGUUCAAGAAAUGGUUUCGAAAGCGUUCCAAGUCUAAUGACUCAAGAUCGGCGACGAGCACAGACCUUUCGGAUACAAGCACCUCUCUUAGGUCUACUGUUACACAGAACUCUCGCCCUUCAGCUGACACGGCAUCAAUUGGCUCAGAUGUGAAGGGAACCGACGCAGUAUCACCAAUCAUCCCUGAAAAAGUACCCGAAUCGGUUGUAAUAAAUGACAAACCUGCAGACUUGAAAGAUGAGAACACAACCCAGAAAGAUGACCACCCCCACCCGUGGAAACAAGCUGUGUCUUAUCUGAAUGAAGAAGAUCGAAUUCUUAUUGCCAGUAUCGAUGAGAAUGAUAACAACGCCAACGUAUUCGCGGAUCUGCACGACUUGAUCAACAAGAAGAAAACGUUGGGGGAAGAGAAGGCAUGGAAGAUUACUUUUGGAGGCCGCAGAAUAGUACUGCGGGAUGUUUUGGCAAAAAUCGUGUCAUGGUUGGAUUCGUUCAAAGCCAUCGGUGAUUUAAUCUCUCAGGUCGACCCAGUACAUGCUAGUGUUCCAUGGUCAGCCAUCAAGCUUGUUCUUUCUGUCUUCACUGCAGAUAAUGAGCAGAUGGGGCUACUUAUCAUUGGAAUGGAACAAGUUAUAUGCCUAAUUGCAAGAUGCAGCAUCUACCACCAACUUUACUUAGAGAACGUUGUCCAUACAACAAGACUGCAGACCAAGGCUACUCGCCAACUUUCAAACGCAAUGGCUCGCCUGUAUGCUAAGCUGUUUUCCUUUCUUGCAUACUACAUCAGGUUGCUGGAUUGCAACAGCGCUGUCAGAAUGUUAAAGACAUUUUGUAAUCCAAGCGAAGUUGCAGCGAAACUCAAGGAAAUCGGAAACUUGGAGACUCAAGUCACGACAGAGGCCAAUGUUUGUCAAGGCACCAUCGCAGAAUCAGCCUUCCAGAACAUGGACGAGAGUUCUCGGGAUACUCGACAAAAGCUCAGGGACAUGUCGUCACGUUUUGACGACCAGACGAGACAGCUUUGGAAACAUCUCAAUGAAGAUGAAAGGUGCAAGAUUCUGCAGUGGGUGUCAGAUAUCCCGUACGAAAGUGACCAUUACAUCGCUCGCAAAGGGAGAGUCGACGGAACUGGAGAGUGGCUUAUGGGUCAUGAGGUUUAUGAAACAUGGCAACGACCUGAUACGUCAAAUCUUUUGUGGUUAAAUGGAAUACCCGGAGCUGGCAAGACAAAACUUUCGUCCAGGGUUGUCGACGAUCUUCUAGUAAGAUUGCCAAAGGAAGCUGAGGAGAACACUGGUUUCGCAUACUUCUAUUGCGACCGCAAUCGACCUGAUCACAGUGAACCCGUGGCGAUCAUGCGAAGCAUCAUACGGCAGCUGUGUGCACCCCGUGACAAUCAAAGCAUCGAGUCCUGUGUCGAGCAUAAAUACUUAAGGAGGAAGGUGAAAGGCUUCUCCAGUGAUAGACUUGUCGCGGAGGAGUGUAAACAGUUACUUACGCAACUUGUUGCUGGAUAUAAGAGUGUUUACAUCGUGGUGGAUGGUUUAGACGAAUGUGACCGUGGAACAAGACAUAUGCUCAUGGACCUUUUGGAUGAAGUUAUCAUCAAGUUCCAACAAACUGUCAAAGUCUAUAUCGCCAGUCGUACUGAUCAGGAUCUGAGAAAGCGAUACAACGAGGGAACCCAUCUUGAGGUAACUGCCAACGACAAUCAAGCAGAUAUUGAGAAGUUCGUGUUGAGCAAAAUGGAAGAGAGCGAAUUUUGCCGGACCAAGCUAUCUCGAAAGCUUCGCGAUAAAAUCCUCAGCACAUUUCAAGACAAGAGCCAGGGCAUGUUCCAGUGGGCGACACUUCACAUCGGCGAGUUGAUACAGCUGGAGAGGAACGCCGACAUUGCAAAGUAUCUGGAUGGAUUACCCAAGGGACUUGAAGCUGCUUAUGACAAGAUCUAUGGUCAGAUUUCUGACCUGACUGGCAGCAAAAAAAGUAUUGCAUUUGCUGCUUUCCAGAUUGUCAUGGUAUCCCAGCGACCCCUGCAUCCAUUUGAGCUUGCCAUUGCCGCUGCUCAACAUCCGCGUCAUAACUUUAUCCUGGAUCAAGAUGUCGAUAUAGAAUACGUUCUCGAAGCCUGUCAGAAUUUACUUGUCGUUGCAGAUGGAUCUCAAGAGCGAGAUGUCACCGCAGUACCAACAAUGGAUUCAAACCUCCAAGGCUACCUGAAACAAGAGGUCAAAGCAACUCGCACGUCUGGCUCAAUGGCAGUAUGGGAGAAUAAUGUCGGUGUCACAAAAGAUUCAAUCUGCAGAUUUGCCCACUUGUCGGUCCAGGAAUAUUUGGAAACAAAACACUGGAGUUCUGCACAGGCCCAUGAAAUGAUGGCAGGAAUUUGUCUCCAGACCCUACUUUGCCUGAGCCUACCAGGUGGCGUUGAAAAUGGACAAGAAGAAACCCCAGGUAGUGAUGCUGGGGAAGACUGGGAUGCCACUUUGACUCUUCAUGUUUCUCAUUCCAAGAAGAGAAAUAUCGUCAAAAUUGUCCCGGAUGAAGAAGAAAACCGGCAAUUAGAUGCGAGUUUGUCGCCAAGCCUCAGCAAGGGUACUGUUGGCGAGAUAUCCAUCUGCGAUACCAAGUCUUUCCCAAUCCCAGAUCCACCACCAUUUGAGUGCUAUUUGGAAUUGGUCGAUUACGACAUCCAUGAUGGCCAUGAUGAAUCUUGUUUUUGUGAGACCUUUGAGCCAUUCUUGGUCGGAUUUGAGGGAUCACCGUUGCAAACAUGGACUACAUAUUGCUCACACUUCUUUCCACGCCACCUUGAAGAUGUGCGCAAGAACUCUAAGGAAGGAAUUGGGUAUACUUUACUGGGCUUGAUCAGGCAGUUUCUUGGCACACCCUCUAACUCAACUACAUCAUACAUGGCCUGGACACGUCUUGUCCAGAACACACCCGUCCUGGAUGACUCCGAUCCUAAAUACGGUACUGGAAAAAGCGCCCUUCGACCAUAUACAACGCCGGUACUCGGCUGUGUCAUACUUGACAUGCAUGAAGUACUCGAUGAAUGGUUGAGCAAGAGUGAGGUAGAUCCCAAUGGCCGAAAUAUCCAAGGCGACAGUUUGCUCGAUCUAGCUGUUCGCAGCUUCAAUGCGGACGUUUGCAAGGUACUCAUCAAACACGGUGCCGAUCCAAACCUUCCUAAUCCAUUUACUGUCACACCUCUUGGUACAGCUGUUCAUCAUGCCAACCUCGACCUUGUGCAAAUGCUAGUAGAAGCUGGAGCAGAUCUCUGUACUAGCAUGGUACCGAUCAGUGAACAAAAACGAGGUUGGAGAGGUUUGACAGCGCCGCACUAUGAAACACCAGUUCAUGAAGCGGUCAAGACCGGGAACGCUGAUAUAGUCAAGGCCAUCGUUGAUGGCGCAAAAUCCGCUUCUUAUCAUGGCCAGCCACUACGCCUUGAAAAGGCCUUGAACGAAGCAGCACAAGCAUGUAGGCCGGAUUUGGCAGCUAUUCUCUUGUCCUACGGUGACAACGAGGACGGACACCGCCAAGUCAUGAUUCAUAACGCUCUCAAUCAUGUACCGGCAAACGACUCUGGAAUCGACAUUAUGAAGUUUCUCAUGGGUCUUUUGAAGCAUCGGACCCAUACCUUACUCCAUUCAGCUGUGAAGGACGGCAAUUGGACUUUUGUCGAGGCACUCACCGAGAUGGGAGUGGAUGUUAGCACCCACAGGGAUAAUCUAUACCAAGAAACUCCCCUUCAUUCGAUCUUUCGGGAAUGGUGUGGUGAUGAAUUAGUCAAGGUUCAAAAGAUCAUUGACAAGGGAGCAAACGUCAAUACUCGAGACGUUCAUGGAAAUACGCCACUUGCUCUAGCCAUGAAGACAAAGAUUUUCGGUUCCAAAACCACAGAUCAUGAACAGGACGGAGACCAAGACGAAGAAACAAAUGACACGACAACGGAUGAGUCCACACCAGACAUAUCGCGUGUGGAAGCUAUUCGCUACUUGCUGCAGCAUGGCGCCCACACUGACACGAUCAAUAGAAAUGGGAUGACUUUGCUUGGUAUCGCCUGUGCGCAUGCAGUCGUUACACCCGAGGUCAUCGAGAUACUACUCGAGCACGGUGCCAAUGUCAACGCAACGCAAGGUCAUGGUGAACUUUCAAUGAGUCCUUUGGACGCUCUGUACUUGCAUGCCAAACCGUCAGAAACAGAAAUACCACCAUUAGAAGACGAUAACUUGGCAGUCGUGAGAGAAAUACUCAAGAAGCAUGGAGCAAGAUACUUUCGUGCUAUUGACUAUGAGAAGUGGGAUAUACAAAGGAAACUCGAGUGGAUAACGAAACAUAGAACUGGGCCUUUUGCUGUGCCAAAUGUUACUACAUGCUUUACUGGAGGGUAG